GAAGAAAGAAAAUAGAAUAUUUGGAGACAUAUUCCCUUAUAUGCGAGAAUCUCCUUGGAGAAAUAUAUCCUGGACUGAAAGUGCCAAAGAGGAUCUGACAAACUUGAUACGGUCCUAUAAACCGUUCGGUGAGACUGUCUCUGAAGCCAGAGUUCUGCUACUGGGACCAGUCGGUUCUGGCAAGUCCAGUUUCAUCAGCUCUGUCCAGUCGGUCUUCUCUGGCCGGGUGGUAAACAGGGCUAUGGUGGGCUCAUCAGCUUUUGCAGGCUUCACAAAAAAGCUCCAGUUCUACAACAUUCGAGGAGGUGGAGAGGACAACAAGCCAACUGCAUUGGUUAUGUGUGACAUUAUGGGUAUUGGCGAAGGAGAGACAACAGGUCUUACUCUUCAUGAUGUUCUGUCCGUAAUUAAAGGACAUGUUCCAGAAGGUCACAAGUUCAGCCCUGAUCAGCCUGUGACAUCAGAGACAACUGGAUACGUGAAGAAACCCUCCGAUAAAGAGAAGGUGCACUGUGUGGUUUUUGUGGUGGAUGCCUCUAAGAUCUCCUCCUACUCCAAGGGCUUAAGCACCACUUUUCGCCAGUUGCGACAACACAUCAGCAGCCUCGGUGUACAUCAGGUGGCAGUGGUGACCCAUGUGGAUAAAGUAUGUAAGAGAACCUCUGAGGACAUCACACAGGUGUACAAGAGUCAGUCAGUGCAGAACAUGAUGGCAGCUGCAGGAGAACUGCUUGGCAUGGCCACGUCCUACAUUGUUCCAGUGAAGAACUACUCCUCAGAGCUUGAACUGGAGGAAAAUACUGACAUUUUGCUGCUGCAUGCUGUUGAUCACAUACUGCAAUACGUCAAUCUUUACCUCCAAGAUACUGUAGAGAAAAACAUUGCUAAGUAACAAUGACAACUUGAUUGAGCUCCAGAAAGUUGUCAUUUUUGUUCUCCUAGGGGACAUUUCAUGACAGUGUGAAAAAAUGCAAAGUUUGUAGUGUUUUUUUCCCCUCUCUGGCAGUUUUCUUCUCUCUUAUUGAAAAGUCCUUUUGAGAAGUCUUUACAGAUUAUGUACUGCCCUUGUCUGUUUUGAUCAAAGACAAAUUUAUUUUGAAUAUCAAUGACUUUAGUUUUUAGGCAACAUGGCAA